UCUUUCCCUAUGUCACCUUGCACACGAUGCCAUUCUCGCUGGGUAGCCUGGUAGGUUUUGAAAACCAAAACAAAUCCCUUCUCCUUCCGUGGAAUCCGAGCCGCACCUCCGUUUUCCGGGUUUUCUCCAGCAAGUUAGGCUGAGGCAAGGUACAAUUACAGUGAACCACAACAAUGUGAUAAGUUGUGUACAGAUGAUAAAGGUUUACGACUCGAAAGGAAGUUUGGUCUGAUGUAUUAAAAUGUCUCCACAGGUGCAUUCAAAUUGCACAGGUAACUUAUACAUCAGCCGGCCACGCGACUGACCUAACCUACCCGUGGCUGCCAGGUUAGCUACGUCUCGGGGGGACGAACCGAGUCUUCGUUCAGAUCACACUAGUGGCCUGGGAGUGAAAAAGGAUUGGUUGAGGUACAACGCCGUUCCCGCAGGGAGAAAGACAAAACUAACCCGUAGAAAAGAGAAACGACAGGUGGAAAGAUGUCUGGCUGAAGUUAUCUUGGGUCUCUACCUCCGCUGCCCCCUCUACGGCGAUAGCUAGCCAGUUUGCUUGCUAGCUGACUACUGGCUGGCUUGAUACCCAAGGAAAGAGGAGACGGUCUGUACUUUUUUCCUUCCACUUUUGGAAGAAUUUUCCAACUGGAUAUAGUUGAAAAUUGGAAAACAAAGCGACGCGUCCUGGGCUCCAUAGAGUACCAGUGUGGACCCUCCUCUUCUGCGUAUGAUAUGACAUCACCCUGCGGUUGCCACAGAAACCAGGGCUGCCCUGCAGACGGUUGACAGCCAGCUGUUGUAAGGAUGGCCGCUCAGGUGGAGAUGGACGCAGGUAGGACGGGUGUGGUGGGACCGCGGCUACACCUGAGCCCUCUGGUCGACUCCAGCAACACGAGCCAGAUGGAGAGCCCCCAGGGCGUCCUCAUCCUCACCCCUGAGCCCAGCAAACCCGUCCCUGGACCCAAACCCCGGCUCACCCCCAAACCCUAUGCCGUGGAGAAGAACCCUACCAUCCGGCCCAUCCUCGCCCCCAAACCUCGCUCGGACUCCAGCCGCCAGGCCGCCUCCAAGCCAGACCCUCCCAGCACCAAGCCUCUGUUGGCCGUUGCUAGAGCUAGCAAGCCCCGACCAGCCUCUACCAGCACAUUCAAUACUACUGCCAGGCCAACGUCCACCUUCUCCACCAAGCCGGGGUCCAAGCCCAGCCCAGGCCAGACCAGCAAGCCUGUGGCUCAGCCUUUCAAACCAGCGCCUCCCCUUGCAUUGGCUGAACCCAUAAAGCCCUAUCCCUCCCACGUGGCAAAGAAACCCGUGGCAGCGGUACCCACACUGCCUCAGAAGAGAGGUGGCAUCCAGGCGGCCCACACAUCAGCCGAGUGGUCCGGGCCGACCCGGCAGAAACCGCCGGGCUCCACCAUGACCCGGGCCAAGUCUCUGGGCUUCCUCACAGAUGUGGGCCUAACUGAGGGAGGGCAGAAGGACGGUGGCGCUGGAGAUGGAGGUCCAGGAACAAUGGAGGUCACCGCCUCGACCCCCGUGCUUCUCAGGACCCAGAGCAGAGGUGGCAGGCCCCGGCCCCGGCCCAUGUCGGCUAUUUUUCUGCCCAACUCUGCCUCUCCGGACACCCAGAGCUCAGGCACCACCACCAACAGCUCUGGAUCUCGCUGGACAGGCCGCCGGCCGCUCUCUGCCGAUCUCACGUCUAGGUUCGAGGCCGCAGGGCUCUCCGUGCACCACAAAGCUGCCAGGGCAGACAGCAAGGAGAACACACCAGAUCCCAUACACGGGGAGCAGGAGGAGGAAGAGGAGGAGGAGGAGGAGGAAGAGCAGACUAGGACCGAAGGUGUGACUGGGAGGAGGGAGAAAGAGAAAGAGAGAGGAAGCGGAGAUGGCACGGAAGACAAGAGCAAAGCCUCCACCACGCAGGAAAGAGGAGGCGAAGGGAAGCAGGAAGAGGGGGAGGGCCGGGAGGACGUGAAGGGUGGAGGGAGCAUAAAGAGGAGGAUCAGCCUCCUGCUGGACUCAUCCACGUUGUCUGUGCCCGGAGGGGGUCGGACGUCUGCCGACGGGGUAGAGACUCGCUCAUCGGCCCAGCCAACCCAGGAUGUGGACAAAGCCCUCGGGGUGAAACAGAGGAUCCGAAAACUGACGGAAGACACACCCCUCUCUCAAAGCCCACCCCAGAAGCCUGGGGUUAAGCCACGCCCCCUCCCAAGAGACCUCACCAAACGCUUUGGAACUGACAAGUCCAUUGAUGUCCCGACAACUCCCACAAGUGAGGAUAGAGGUCCUCAGGAUCAGGAGAGUGAAGACGACCAGCACAGAAAGCCUGGUGACUCAAACCUCAGCGUCCAAACAAAUCUUGAGAGCGACAAGAAGGAGGUGCAACAGGAAGUGCACGACCAGCCGGACCAAUCUUCCCGGAGGCCCACAGAGGGGCGCAGGUCAUUGAGUGAUGCCCAGGGCACGUGCCCCAGUGGCGUGGUGCAGACGGUUCGAGCGGCUCUCUUCGAGAAUGUGGUGGAGAGGCACAGCGUGCAGAUGAUGGAGGAUGGGAGAUCCGCAGCCCCCAGCGCCAGACAGGGCGCAGAGGGGAAACCCAACCUCAGCAGGAGCCUCUCUCUGCGGGGUAGAGGAGACCUCCGGGCCCUCUCCAGUGCAGCAGACGAGGAUGAUGGCAGCCUGGUCAUGGCGGUCUACCGUGAGCCAGCGUCUCCCUCCAGCCCAGAGUGUGUGGAACACGUGUUUGAGACUAUGACGGUUACGGGUGAGAGGCGUGUCACAAGCGAGGACGUCCCAUUGGCUCAGCUGGAGGAGCGGGCCCUCACAUUACGCAUGCGUCGCUCGGAGGCAGGGGCGAGGGACGUCAACCGCAUGUCCCGGUCUGAGGAGAGAGGCCCAGAUCAGGGACAGAGUGAACAUCACCCAGGGCAAGAGGGGCUCUCCACGGGACCAGAGCCUAGCAGCCCUCGCUACCUCAAAGUUGGAUCCCUGCAGAGGUGGGGUGUUGUGGAUGCCACAGAGCGUCAGGGGGAAGUGGAGAAAGGGAGGAAUACUGAUAUGGUGAGGAUGAUGGAAGAGGAGAUCCAGAAGCAGAUGGAGAUACAUAGGGCCGCAGUGGCUGAGCUAGAGGAAGACGAGGAGGAUGAAAAGGCGGGAAAGAACCUCCUAGCUCAAGUAGAAAGUAAACAACCGGAUGUACAAAGGGAGAGAGAGAGAGAAAGGGAGAGGGAGAGAGAGGAGGUUGCGGCACCCAAACGACCCAAAAUACUCGAGGGUGACGAACAGCCAACCAAACCGAGAGCUACAUACUUUGCUCUCACAGGACAGAUACAGGAACCAGGGUCCCAUCUAGAGGGAGGACUUGAGAGGUCUUUACUCGGAGGUGAGGGAAGAGUGGUGUCUGUAAACAUGCCUUAUGAGGACUUCUCAGUGAGGUCUGGGAGAAUGGAUUCACAGGGUAGGGUGAUCCCGCUACGUAGGAACCCUUCCCUGGAUGCCGCACUAGGGAAGACCCCUCAGCAGCCAGAGCCUCAACGAAGGGAUGGCGACGGAGCGAGGGAAAAAAACAGAGAACAGAAGAACGAAGGAAGGAGAGAUCAGAGGGUCAUGGAUGAGGCGAUGGAGGCAGAGAGACGCCUGUUUCAGGAGUUUGAGAAGAAGAGGGAGGAAGAGAGAGAGAGGGAGAUGCAGAGAGAGAUGGAGAGGAGGAGAGACGCAGAAAGGGAGAAGGAGAGACAAAGACAGCUGGAGAGACAGAAGGAAGCUGAGCGAGAGAGACAGAAGGAGAUCGAAAGACAAAGAGAGCUUCAGUGGCAAAAAGAAUUGGAGCGGCAAAAAGAGCUAGAAAGAGAGCGACAGAGACAGAUUGAGUAUGAGAAGCGAAAGGCAGCAGAAAAAGAACUAGAGCGACAGCGUGAGGCUGAGCGGGACCGACAGAAGCAGUACGAAAGGGAAAAAGAGAGAAUGCUUGACCAGGAAAGGCUCAGGCUCCGAGAGUUUGAGCGCCAGAAAGAGUUGGAAAGGCGAAAGGAACUGGAGAGACAGCGAGAGAUUGAAAGGGAAAAACAGAGAGAGUUGGAAAGACAGAGAGAAAUAGAGAGACUAAAACACCUAGAGUUGGAAAGACAGAAGGCGUUGGAAAGGGAGAGACAAAAGCAAAAAGAACUCGAGAGGCAGCGGGAGUUGGAGAUGGAACGACAGAGAGAGCUAGAAAAGCAUAGAGAGUUAGAAAGACAGAAAGAAAUGGAGCGACGACAGAAAGAAAUGGAGAGACAAAGAGAGUUGGAGAGACAAAGAGAGUUGGAGAGACAGAGAGAGUUAGAAAGACAACGAGAGUUGGAGAGGCAAAGAAAGCUUGAACUGGACAGACAGAGAGAGCUCGAAAGACAAAGGCAGAGAGAGGUUGAGAAACAGAAAGAGAUUGAAAAGCAAAAAGCCAUUGAGCGAUGGAAAGAGGCCGAAAAACAGAAGGAGAUUGAAAGAGAGAGACAGAGAGAGCUGGACGAAUUUGAAAGACUCAAGGAGCUGGAGAGACAGCGCCUGCUCGAUUUUGAGGUGCAGCGACACAAGGAUCGACUACAAGCAGAGUAUGAGAAGCAACGCAAGAAAGACAAGGAUGCAGAGCCAGAGAGGAAGAGACAACAGGAGCUGGAGCGACAGAGGAAAGUGGCGGAGGGACAAAAGAGGACCAGCGAAUCGCCUCUUAGGCCCAAAGUGCUGGACCUGGACACUGUGAUCCUGGGUGAUCGGUCUGGAAGAACCCCCACCACGCCCACCGAGCAGUAUUCUUCAGCCCGCUGGAAGCAGCCUUCUCCUCGGGCAGAGGAGCCCUACCGACUGGCCAUUCUGGACAUCGACUCCUUCAAGGCCCAAGCCCAGUCUGGUGUGGCGUUCCCAGUGGCAGGAUUCCAGAAUACAGAACCUUCUGGAACUCCCCUGAGAACACAAGCUCAGCCACAGACCCCUGAAUGGGCGAAACCCCAGCCCUCAUUUCCACACCAUCCACAGCUUCAGCCUCAACUGCAAACACAGCCUUUUCAUCCACCUCAGCACCAACCCCCAGACUGGACUAGAGUCCAAUCUGCAACCCAUCAGCAGCAUCCUCAGUACCAGCCACAAUCCCAACCUCAGACCCAAUUUCCACCUUUUACGCCAGACUGGACAAAAAUGCAGCCCCUGCCUCAACAACCACCACAGAACCACCAUCACCAAACACAGCCCAACCCCCACCAGGCACCCCAGUACCAACACCAUACACAGCCCAACCCCCACCAGGCACCCCAGUACCAACACCAUACACAGCCCAACCCCAACCAGGCACCCCAGUACCAACACCAUACACAGCCCAACACUCCGGACUGGACCAAACCACAGAUGCCUCUCCAGCCACACGCACUCUCUCAACUCCAAACGCAACACCGACUGCAGACUCAGCCAGUCAGUCCAGAGUGGGUGAGACCUCAGGCCUCACCUCAAACUGCUCCCCAUUCCCUCCCACAGCCCGUCGCACCACCCCGGGCAGGGGACCGUGGAUUGGGCCUGGGCCUGGGAGAACCAGACUGGCUGGCAGGGACAAGGAGCACCGCAGGAACCAAUCCAGCGUGGUCGCCAUCCCAGGCUGAGGUCUGGCAACAAAGGCAGGAUGAGGUUCUGGUGGAUGACCCCUGGGUUCUGGCGGAUUCUUCUAGAAGGUCUCAUGGCGCCAAAACCAUCAUGGACCAAAUGCUGCACAGGCAGCUUGAGAGACCUGAGGCAACUCCACUGAUACCCUCACUUCCACCUCCUCUGAUUCCCACCCCAGCGGCCACUACGGCACCCAUGCUGUCUCCAUCGUUCCAUCCUGCCCCCACACCAACUUCGGCCCCUACCCCAGGGCCUUACACUGCCCCGACCCCCCAGACAACUCCCAUGGUCCCCUCUCAAACACCAGACAGGCGUUGGGCGGGCUACCUCACGGAGACUGACUUUGCUGGGGCAUCGCUGACCCACCAGUCCCACUCCUCUGCAUCCACUCAGAGGCAAGAGACCUUUGGACACGGCAGCCAGGAGUCGGUUGUGCGGAAUGCGGGGCAGUUCGCAAAUGCAGAAGUGUCUGAGCCCAUGGCCUGGGAGCUGGCCUCUCAGGGGCAAAGACCAGAGGGCAGAUCAGCGCGAAGGGAACCGAGCCAGCAGGAGCUGUCUCGGAUGCGCUCCAGGAGUGUGAGUCGGCGUUCGGCUCCGUGCGAGAGUACCGUGGACGCACCCAUGAACCGCAUGAGGAGCCGCAGCGCACACAGAGAGAAGGGAAGGCAGAGCUGGGGGGAGCAGUUGAAACGGUGUGUGAGUGGUGAGCAGGACCCCAAGGACACAGACACCCUGGUGCAGGAGACAGACAGCCAGUACGGCACGUGGGAGACAGGACUACGCACCGAUGACAGUCUUACUCCAGCUACCCCAUCCUCAGACGGCAUCCUCACUCCAUCACCACGGAAACCCACCCCCCCACACCCUCUAGGGGAGCAGACCACGCCCACAGACACUCCAGAUGACUCCACCCCCUCACCAGAGGAGCCUGCGGCGCCCCUUCCCUUCCCUGAGACCUCUAUGUCUCUACUGGACUCCAGCGCCAUGCAUUCGAGAGUGCAGCUGGGUAAGAAGCGCAACAGGAGAGCCCCUCCCUCUAGAGUCGCCCGCCACAGUGCACUGCUGUCUGUCCUGCCAGAGAACCAGUACAAAGAUUCCACAGAAGAGAAGGGUGAGCCAUGUGAGCAGGAGGAUCCUGACUCUGAGGAGAAACUAAGAGGUGCCCCCUGUUCCUCCUCCUCCUCCUCCUCGUCUCAGCCCCAGAGAGUGGCCCUGUUCCCGGGCAUGGACCCCUCUGCCCUCAAGGCCCAGCUGAAGAAGAGAAGUGACUCUGAUAGCCCACCAGAGGGCACUGUUGCUCCCUCUCCAUCUCAGCUCUCUCGCUCCCCAAAGUCACCCUUCCUGCCGCGUGCCUCUCGAGUGCUGCCCCCACCCACUGCAGGCAAAGAGAACGGGGAGGAGGCUUCACCGCAGUGGCUGAAAGAGCUCAAGUCUAAGAAGCGUUUGAGUCAGUAUGAAAAUGACAGCUAAGUCAGAAGCAGUUGCCUUAAAACUGGAGACUGCUGUACAUGAAAUCUCAAGACAGAAGCCUUAACCUUUGACCUGGAGUUGACAUGGAAUUCCACUGCUGCUGCUGACAACAACAUUGAUAGCGUCAAUCACAUUUUCCUCUUUCAGUUUCUGUCUCUCUGUUCCUCCUGCCUGGGUCACAUACAUGUGCAUGGUGCCUUCAUGUUAGGAAAACCUCUAGUGGUCCCAUGGACAAAGGAACAAACCACAGACACACAAAGUGUCCCUCUGUCUUGGUGUGUUUGCUGUACCUGCAGUUCUUUUACAAAGUGUCCUGUCACACUGUUUGUAUAGAGUCACUUUAAUCAUUACUGUCUUCAGAAGAUCAACAGUGGGGUAGGAACAAAUGCCCCAGGACUAUGUUGCUUUCAGGAGCAGUUAGCCUGCAGCACCACACCAACUGUCAACCUGGAAGUACUUCUGAAAUCUGAAGGACGGUCCAGUCACACCAUUGUUUAUCUGUCACUGUAAUUAUGUUUUGUUGUUAUUGUUGUUUCUGUUACCUGGUUGUUUGUAAACAUUUUGUUUUAUUCUUGUUGUAAUUUGUAAAUCAAGGGAUGAUUGAGACAAUCAUCUGAAGCAUUUGCCAUAGGAUCACAGGACUGGUUUGUAAUUGUCAAGGACUAAAACAUGUCAUGUGACGGUGUCAUCCCUGGGCUCACUGUCAGAAAGACUGUAUAUUGUAUGUAUCUGCAAUAAAGUCAAAGUGUAAUCAUGAAA